UCUCCUGUGGGCGGGACUAAGUAUCGAGGAUAGGAGUCGAGGAGGGGAAAUUAGAUUAUUGAGAAACCUCUAAUGUUUUUGCAGGUAGAAUGUUGCGGCUUCGCUGUAAAACCAAAAAUGGCAGCCACAUAAUGCAGGGCUUGACUCACCAGUCCUGUGUCCAAGAGCUGAAGAGUAUGGUGGAGGAGCUGACUGGUAUCCCAUGUGAUGUGCAGAAAAUCAUGGUUGGUUAUCCACCCAGCAGCUUGGAUCUUCAAAAUGGAGACGCUCACCUCAAAGACUACCCUAUCAAAUCAGGAGACACACUCAUUGUUGAGGAAGACAAAAACAAGCCAAAACCGCCUCAGGAGCAACCCGCUGUGACUAAAGUACCACGACUGGAAGCCUCGCCCAUGCUGGCACGUAGAGUCGUCCCAGCAGACAACUCAUGCCUCUUCACCAGUGUGUAUUAUGUGGUAGAGGGGGGGGUGUAUGACCCUGCGUGUGCCCCAGAGAUGCGCGGCCUCAUAGCCCAGAUCGUGUCAAGUGACACCACAGCUUACUCUGAAGCGGUGCUGGGGAAGACCAACGAGGACUACUGCACGUGGAUCAGAUGUGACGACACCUGGGGGGGGGCAAUCGAGGUCUCCAUCCUGUCCAAGUUUUACCAGUGCGAGAUCUGUGUGGUGGACACUCAGACGGUGCGAGUGGAUCGAUUUGGGGAGGAUGCUGGAUACCACAAACGUGUGCUGCUCAUCUACGACGGCAUCCACUACGACCCCCUGCAGAAAGAGACGCCCGGCUCCGACGCUCCGCCCCUGACUAUCUUCUCCACCACGGACGACGUCAUCCUGGCUCUGGCACUUGAGCUGGCGGAUGAAGCCCGCCGCAAGCGGCAGUUCACGGAUGUUAACCGCUUCGCUUUGCGCUGCAUGGUUUGCCAGCAAGGCCUUGUGGGACAAAAGGAGGCGCGUGAACAUGCCAAGGACACAGGCCACACCAAUUUCGGCGAAGUGUGAACACUGUUUUGUCUUUUCUCCCUCUCACAAAUACAACAUCUACCAACCCCUUGCCCCACGUCUGGCAACUUUGUUGGUCUCUGCUUGUGUGAUCUUCUACCUCACGACAUCAAAGGAGAAUCUGCAGACACUGUGUCGAGCCUCUAACCUGUUAAGUAUUACUGUUUAACUGCUGUAAGUUCUCAAAGUCAGGAACGCUACUGCCGUGCUACGAUGUCUCUAAACCAUCUUUUUGAGUCUGUUACGUAGGUUUUUUAAUCUGGGUCAACAACAAAAAGCAAACCAUUUUUAGGAUUAUUUUUUUAACCCUUUCGAUGACUUGAUAGCUGGUGGUGUAGAAAAAAAAUGAAUGUGUUAAAUGAAAAAAAUCUUCCAAUUUGCAAAUACUUGCUUGGAUGGACUAAACUUCUGUUUGAUUAAAACCCGGCUAUCUGGCUCUUGAAAGAGUUUAAAACGACUAGGAAUGAUUUGCACUAUGAUGUGAUCCAACUCACCGUUGUCUUAAGUGCAGCACAACAAGUAUGACUGUUAUUCAUCAUGUUGAUUAUGUAGCAUGUUUUUUGUGUCAUAAACUAGUUGAAUACUUAAAAUGUAUAAUUUGGUCAAAUGUAGAAAUCUGCUCUGUGCAUCACAGUUUGGUUUGAAUAUAGUGAGCAGUGGUCAUUGAGAUUGAGGUUAUGCAUUUUGAAAUACAAUAUCACGUUGCCAAUUGUGAUCCAAAGUUAGCUUAACUACUUAUGUGAGACUAUUUCAUCUUUAUUUUUGUCACAAUAUGGCUUAUCAGUUAUCUUAUUUUAGAUUAGUCAAAAGAAAUGGUGCUGAAAACAUAAAAUCUGUAGCUCUGUUUUUCAGUACAGAACAGUAUUUCAGGAGUGUUUUUAUUUUUUAUUAUAGUGUUAUAUUCAAAUGUCAUGCUGAAAUCUUUUUUUUUAAAUCCAGUUUUAGAUUUACAUUGCUGCAUAUUUUUGAAAAAACACUAAGCAUGUUCAUUUGUUUGAGCGUUUAUUUAAUAUUACAAAAGAUGGUGAGAGGGAAAUCUAAAGUGUGAGACUGUGAAUUGAUGUACGAGAAAUCUUGCUGACGGAAUGCAUUUAGGAUUCAGCUAAUCAACAAUAACCAUUUAUCUUUGAAAUCACAACUUUUCAGCUAACAUUUGAAGGCCUAAAGUAUCUUUUGCCAGGGUGUUUGGAAAUAAGUAUUUUUUGGUUUACUAUGUAGUGCAUUUUGCCAUAAAAGAUGAUGUUACACUGUAUGCGUUGCACAAAUGGAGCAUGUUCUCACAUUUUCAGCUAAAGUCAGACAUGAUCUCUUUGCUCUUCUGCACUGCCUAUAAGGAUGAAGCAUGCACUUGUUUCUUUAAAACCAUAGCUCAAACAUUAUAAAUUAGAGGAGGCCAAAAUAGGUAAUUGUGGGAUUACUUUUUCUCUUGAGAACCAGUGUUUGUAAUUCACUUUCUGUGAUGACAAUAUUGGUACAGAGUUGUUGCCAAAAAAUCUAUUUGAUGGUGGAGGAUUUGAUUGAGAUUUUCUUGUAGAUUUAUCUUAAUUAUUUGAAUGUGAAUAAAUAUGAUUUCCCCCCUCAUCUGUUACCUUAAGGUAGUUUUAACAGGGAAAAGUGAAAGUAGGAACUGGCUUCGUUGUGUUUACCAAGAUCUCAUGACUCUUCAAGGACAAAAACAAUGAAUGUUACACACUAAGCACUACGGAAAAACUGGACUUACUUGAUCUUUUCAGUGUUGUGUCACAAUUAAAAGUUAUAGCCAACGG